GUUAGAAAACCACUUCUGGGUUUCCAUUUAGAUAUAAAUACAAGAUUUUCCUCUUUCACUUGCAAAGGAAAAAGAAGAUUUGAGUCUCUGGAUAUCAUUCGCCUUUCAUCCAUCAUUAUUAGCUUCAAACAAGCCAAGAGAAGCAAAAAGGGGGAAAACCCUAAUUUUCUUUUUUUUUCUUUUUAUAUUUUUUUUUUGAGGGGAAGAAAAUUAAGGGGGUUAUAAUGGGAAGAGGGAAAAUAGAGAUAAAAAAGAUAGAGAAAUCAUCAAGCAGGCAAGUGACCUUCUCAAAGAGAAGAAAUGGACUAUUGAAGAAAGCUAAAGAGUUAGCCAUCCUUUGCGAUGCUGAAGUUGGGUUGAUUAUCUUCUCCAGCACCUCCAAGCUUCAUCAUUUUGCCAGCUCUAGCAUGAACUCUGUCAUAGAACGUUACAACAAGUAUAAAGAGGAAAAUCAUCAUCAACUACUUGAUCCUGCUUCUGAAUUAAAGUUUUGGAAGAAGGAGGUAGCAAGCUUGAGGCAACAACUAAAUGACUUGCAAGAAUGCCAAAGGCAGUUGAUGGGGAAAGAGCUAUCCGGUUUAAGCUUCAAAGAUCUACAGGGCCUAGAAAACCAACUUGAAAUGAGUUUGAAAAGGGUUCGCAUGAGAAAGGACCAAAUUCUGACAAAUCAAAUCGAUGAACUAAACCGCAAGGGACACCGCAUUCAUCAAGAGAAUCUAGAAGUACACAAGAAGCUAGACCUUAUUUGCCAUGAAAAUACUGAACUUCAACAGAAGGUUAAUGGAAAUGGAGCAGAAGAAGCAAAUGAAGGCAGCAAAAGCUUAUCCCACAGUUAUGGUUUCAACAGUGGAUAUGAUUAUUUGCAAGCACCUGUUGUUGAUCUCCGGUUAAGCCAGCCUCAACAACUUCCCGAAGCUGAUACAUCAAAUUUGAAAACUAGAUCGACCUAAGAACUAAGCAAGAAAGCAAAGCAUUUCAACAUCCAACCCUAAGAACAGCAAACUUAGGGUGGACAUCCCAUGGCUGUAAGCUUCAGUACGUAUGGGUGAGCUUCUUCAUAUUCCAAUCUAUGAAUUACUGUUUUAUAAUAUGUAAAUUUAGGUAAUAAUGAGAACGACUGAUGUUACUCAACUCUGCCAUGGAGACGAAAUUGGUAUUCACUGCAAAUAGCAUUUGCUUUACUGUUGAGGGUGAUGAAAAUAAUGUCA